CAGGAUCCUAUCACCGUGGUACCAGUUGGGAUCCUCCACUGGCAGAACACGGAGCUCGGUUCAGUCUUCUACAGCUUCACCUAUAACUGCCAUCAAUUCGUGGAGUUGUUUCGUUGCUAAUAUCAAGUACCCUCUUGUCUGAAGAGACUAAUUUUCCUUUCGACGAUUGAGCCUUUAACGGGUUAUUAUUAUUCGUUUUUGAGGGGUCCAUUUUCAAGGCUACUCCUUCACCUUCCACAAGAGUUGACCGCUCAGUAAACUAGUCAACACUGAACACCUCAUGAACUUGCAUGGCACUAAAUGUCCUGAUGAUUAUCUUCGUUGUUACAACCAAACAAAGAGCAAGCGAGCAAGCCUACUACAGAAUAUCCAGGAGAGGAUUACUCUUCACUCAAAAUGCGAAACUCCAGCAUCCUUAAAUGGGCUCAAAACAACAAGAACAAUAAACUGAGUAAUGGAAAGAAAAACGACAAGAAAUGGAUUCAUCAACCAGAAGCCCUCCAAAACGGUCAUGUCGUCUACCUAGUCAAGUUCUUGGGCAACACAGAGGUGGACAAGCCUAAGGGAAUCGAGGUGGUGAAACAAGGUGUGCAGAAGCUAAAGUUCAACCAACAAUUGAAGAAGGCCGAGGGCGGCAACAGCAGCGCGAAGACGCCCAAAGUGGAGAUGACCAUUUCGGUGGAUGGAGUGACGAUUCAAGAUCCCAAAUCCAAGGCCAUGAUGCAUCAAUACCCUUUGCAUAAGAUCUCGUAUUGUGCCGAUGACAAGGCUGAGAAACGCUUCUUCAGCUUCAUCGCCAAGGAUAAUGACUCCAGUCGUCAUACUUGCUUCGUUUUUGUCAGUGAUAAAUUGGCCGAGGAAAUCACAUUGACCAUUGGUCAAGCUUUCGAGUUGGCUUACAAGAAGUUCCUGGACACUUCUGGAAAGGAGAAAGAAGUGAAGAAGGCUCAAUUGGUCCAACAAAAGCGCAUUGCAUUACUCGAAAAUGAGAAUGCUGAACUCAAGAGGCGUCUUAAAGACAUUGUCAACAUCAAAGGGCGUCAAGAGGUCCAGGAAUAUAUGAAUAAAAACAAUAUAACGGAAAUCUGCGAGGUGAGAAUCAAUGAGAAUGAUUCCACAUCCCUGAAUGGAUCCUUGAGCAAUGGAGGUGGCAACGACAAUGAUUCCAACCAUUCGGCCAAGAAACCGGAAAAGGAUGAGCUCAUCAAUUUGGAUUCGGCCAACAACAAAUUGGACGGAUUCUCGUUGGACGACCUCCAUGAUGAUGACUUCAAUCCACGUGCUUUCGCCAGCAACUCUGAUUCUGACGACACUGAUGAAGCUGAUUUUGACCCUCGGGCGCCAAAAACAGAAGCCCCCACUUUGCACCCUGCCCCGUCGGCCCCAGUUCUCAUCUCUCCUCCGCCCGCCAUGCCUGCCCGGGCUAAAUCUCAAAACAAUUUCUCGGAUUCCCUUUUCUCAGCUAACGAGGCUGUAACCAAGGAUCCAUUCAAUGGCGAUCCAUUUGGCAUGUCAACUUUUGAGUCACCAGUUCGAUCACAGACCAACGCUUUGAAUGGCUUUCAAGGAGGCAUCAGUAUGGGGAACUUUUCUCUGGAUGACCUUGACCCUCUCAAGAAGUAAUAAAUUCGAAGAUAUCCCAAUAUCUUAACUGAUCAACAUUAUGAACUGUAAAUUGUAGUUUUUGUAUGUCAGUUGAGGGUCUUAGGCUUUGCUAA